AUGGGUGUUGUGGUUGAACAUAACAAUAGCAGUGAGAAAGAUCCAAUGGCAAGAGCAGUAGGCAUCGUUACAUUGGAAGAUAUUAUCGAAGAAAUGAUUCAAGAAGAAAUCAUCGAUGAAACUGAUGUAUUUACUGAUAAUCGUGGUAAAGUGCGAAAUAUGUUAUCACAAGCGCCCGACUUUUCGGCAUUCAUGCGUCAAACGGAAACGUCUUAUGAUACGACGAAAAUAUCAGCUCAAAUGAAAGUUGCCAUUUUACAAUUUCUUUCAACAAGUGUUGAACAGUUUACUUCACGGUUCAUAUCGUCUCACAUCCUCGCUCGUUUAUUAAAUAUCCAAUUCUACCAGGAAUUCGAAUACGAUGAAGAUAGAGCUAAAAACGACAAAGUAACUUACAUCUACGAGUAUGGAAGACCGGCCGAUUAUUUCGUGCUCAUUCUCAACGGGCAAGCAGAAUUGAUCACCGGCAAAGAGAAAAUUGUUAGCGAAGUCGGUCCAUUUUCUUACUUCGGUAAUCCUGGUAACAAAGUGGAAGAUAUGUUACGUUUGAAAGAUCUCAAAUUUCGACCAUUUAUACCGGACUUCAGCUUGCGAGUUUGUGAAGAUGUGCAAAUUUUACGCAUUCGUCGAACACAUUGGUUAGCGGCUAUUCGUGCGACUUUCUUUGAAAAUAAACAGAAAGCAAAUGGUGGUCCACCAAUGCUCAAUUCCGACGGCGAGCAGAUUGAUUUGUUGACACAAGAAUUGGAAAAAGCCAACUGUGUCGAUCGACCAGAGACAAGUACCAGAACUUCAAGUGAAACAAGCGAUAAAAUACGUGCUCGAGCAAUGUCUAUGACGCCAACAACGGGUUCGGGGCCUACCAAAGCAAAGCAUGAACGUUUUUUCAGUCGACUUCGUUCAAAAACUAGUUCGCAUAAUGUAGACAAGACCUCGUCGGAAAGUGCGACGACUUCGAAUCGAAAUACGCUGAGUUUAACCGGCCAACAACGCCAUCAUUUAUCUCGUACUGAUCAGACUUAA